AUGACUGCCAAAGUUUUUGCAUACAGGGAGUCAAUUGACGUAGCCAAUGCCGUUGGGAAAUACAUUGUGGCACAACAAGAUUUAGCGUUAAAGAAUGACAAUACAUUCAAAAUAGCAAUAUCAGGAGGGUCGUUAGGAAAAGUUUUGAAACAAGCUUUGAUUAGUAAUGAAGAAUUAGGAAAAAAUAUUAAAUGGGGUAAAUGGGAAGUUUAUUUUAGUGAUGAAAGAAUUGUGCCAUUAGAUCAUGAGGAUUCAAACUAUGGAUUAUUUAAUGAAAUGGUAUUAAAGAAUUUACCUUCAACUGCAGCAAAACCAAAUGUUCAUACAAUCGACCCAAGUUUAAUCACGGGUAAAGAUGGUCAUGUUGAAGGGGCUGAUAUUAAUAAAGAUAAAGAAAUUGCUUCAAAAUAUCAAAAAUCAUUACCAAAGAAGUUUGACGUCAUACUAUUAGGAUGUGGGCCAGAUGGUCAUACAUGUUCAUUAUUUCCACAUCACGAAUUAUUAAAAGAAAGAGCAGAAUUAGUAUCAUAUAUUAAUGAUUCUCCAAAACCUCCACCGAGAAGAAUUACAAUUACAUUCCCAGUUUUGGAAAAUGCUCAUUCAAUUGCAUUUGUAGCAGAAGGAUCUGGUAAAGCACCGAUUUUAAAACAAAUUUUCAAUGAUCCAAAUAGUGAUUUACCAUCUAAAUUAGUUAGUGAUAUAAACACUGGUGUUGAAGUUAAUUGGUUCGUUGAUGCUGCUGCUGUAGAUGGGGUUGAUGGUGUUGAAACUUUAAAUAGUAAAUAUUAA